UUGUGUUGGUUUGGAGCCGAUACUGUGGAGUGUCUUCUGUUUCCAGGUGCAGCGCUGGUUGCAGUUGAGCCUUUCCGCUCUCCGUACAGGAAUUUGUAGAGUGCAUUAGGUCACUCGGGCUGCCAGAGGCGAGAAAGCACUCCUUUCUAGAGGAGACUAUCCUCUUUGCUUUGCGUGUCGGAUUGUUUUUUGGGAUUUGUGUGUUGCUAUUCCUUUUCGGUUGCAUUCACAGCCGGGAGUAGCGGACUGGACAACGGAGAGAAGUGAACACAGCCUAGCUCUCCUGCUUCAAUAUGAGACACUUUUAAAAACAUCUAAGAAUCUACGACCGUCAUAAUUUAGAUGGAGGAACUAGAAGGUACAGAUUACUGUGCUGGCUGUGGUGGAAAAAUCCAAGGCUCAUUUCAUAUGAAAGUCCUCCAGGAUAUCUGGCACAACUCCUGUUUUCAGUGUUCUGUGUGCUGUGACCACCUGACCAACUGGUACUACGAGAAGGAUGGAAAGCUUUACUGUCGCAAACACUACUGGGAGAAGUUUGGGGAGCUGUGUCAUGGAUGUUCUCUACUCAUGACUGGACCUGCCAUGGUGGCAGGAGAUCACAAGUAUCACCCUGAGUGCUUUGUAUGUCUGCGGUGCAUGGUGGUGAUCGAGGAUAGGGACACUUACGCUUUGGUGGAACGAUCCAAGUUGUACUGCGGAAAGUGCUACAAGCAGGUUGUACUUACACCCAUGUUGGAGAAACGUUCACAUGACUCGGUGCUGGACUCCUUGCCCCACACUGUGACCCUCAUCUCCAUGCCCUCUGCAGCCAAUGGCAAGAGGGGCUUCUCAGUCUCGGUGCUGAGGGAUGUCAACGGUUCAGCGAGUGUUCAAGUCAAAGAGGUCAGGGGGAUGCUGAUCAGUCCAGAGGUCCGUAAUGCCAUCCAUGUUGGUGAUAGGAUUCUGGAGAUCAAUGGGAUUCCUGUGGGAACGUUGAUGGAGGAUGAAGUGGACGAUCUUAUUUACCACACCAGCCACACACUGCAGCUGCUCAUAGAGUAUGACCCAGUCCGGCAGAGGUUGGAACGCCUCAGACUGGGAGCACCCGGGAGCAGGCUGGGAGUCCUAGCCACUUCACGCAUGCGUCUGUCUUCACCGUCUGAUGCAGAUGUGGUUGAUAACGGCUCCCUGAGGAGACGGUCUUUACGGCGUAGUAACAGCAUAUGCAAGUCACCUGGACCAAAUCCUCCCAAAGAGAUGCCCUUUAUUACUCGAGACAUCGGACGCUCUGAAUCACUGCGAUCCCCCAACAGCUGCUCUCAUCGUAUUUUCCGCCCGUGUGACCUCAUCCAUGGAGAAAUCCUAGGAAAAGGUUUUUUCGGACAGGCCAUCAAGGUGACUCAUAAAGCCACAGGAGAGGUGAUGGUGAUGAAAGAGCUGAUCCGCUGUGAUGAGCAGACCCAGAAGACUUUCCUACAGGAGGUAAAAGUAAUGCGGGGCCUCGAUCAUCCCCAUGUUUUGAAGUUCAUCGGCGUGCUGUACAAGGACAAGAGGCUUAAUUUGAUAACAGAGUACAUCGAGGGAGGCACGCUGAAGGAUUUCAUCAGGGACAUGGAACCGUUUACAUGGGAGCAAAGAGUGAGCUUCGCAAAGAGCAUCGCUUCUGGCAUGACAUAUCUUCACUCCAUGAGCAUCAUACACAGAGACCUCAACUCUCAUAACUGCCUGGUUAAACUAGACAACACAGUGGUAGUUGCUGACUUUGGACUUUCCAGACUCAUCGUAGAAGACAAAAUACCACCUGAAAAAACUCCCAAUAACAAAAAGAGGGUUUUCCGACGUAUUGACCGAAAAAAGCGCUACACAGUUGUGGGAAACCCCUACUGGAUGGCUCCAGAGAUGCUAAAUGGUAAACGUUACGACGAAAAGGUUGAUAUUUUCUCCUUUGGGAUUGUACUUUGUGAGAUUAUUGGCAAAGUCUAUGCAGACCCAGAGUGUCUCCCGAGGACCAAUGACUUUGGCCUGAAUGUUGACAAAUUUAUAGAAAGGUUCCUCCCUGACGACUGUCCUCCAGCUUUCUUUCCACUGGCUGUGGCCUGCUGUGACCUCACACCAGACGAACGUCCACCUUUCCAGAAACUGGAGGACUUGAUCGGAGCUCUGUCCCUUAACCAGGAGCUGGGCAUCCCGCUUCCAGCCGAACUGGAUGAGCUGUACCUGAGUUUCAGUCAACUCUACUGGCCUAAAAACGGCUCUCCUUCUCCGAACACGGACGAGCCACCAACACCGACUGCUGCCGUUCCUGAGUCUUACGGUGUGACUGACAACAGCACCUAGUGUCUCUGUCUCCCCCAUGUGUCCACUCUGAACUGCACUAAGACUGAGGAUGUGAAAAAGAGAAAAACAGAACUAAAAUCCGAGCCAUUUUAGAACUGGAUCUCCUAUAGUAGGUAGAUCAACUUCCUCUCUGACUGGGACCUUCAACUAUGUAAAGCCCCACGGAAGAAAAAAUACAUUUCACCAAAACUUUGUGGUCAUGUUUACUGUAUAUAAAGACACUUUCUAUGAGCUUCUCAAAAGACCUUACUGAGUUUUGUUUCCCUGCUCUGAUGGUGGUGAUGUUGUCCUUUGGGGUUCUGGAAUCAACAGAUCAGUUUCUACCUAGAAGCAAUUGCACACCACCUCGGCAGCAGCAAAAGAAAACAAAGAAACUUGACGGUUAAUUUGAUAGGUUUGUUCACUUAAACAGAAGACAGGACCUGAUAAAAACACAUGAGACUUGAGCGGUGGAAGCAACAACCACUCUCAACUGGCCAAGGAAUGUUCAGAGCUUUUUUAGUACAUUUGAUUUGAGCUUUGAUGACAUGGUUACAAGUAUGAUACUUUGUAGUUUAACCAUUUAAAUAUUUCCCAGUUUCCAUAUAAUUUUUGAAAUGCUUAACAAAAAUAACAGUUCACAUUAAACAAAAGUGCCAAUAGCAGUUGUUCGACAUAACCAUGAAUGUAAAAAUUUGCCUGUGACUUAAAACUGGAAUUUUUUUUUUACAUGCAAUGUGUAAAAUGCUGUACAUAUACAUCUUUAAUCUGACAUCUUUUUCUAAUGGGAACACUAGAUUUGUAGUUUUUAUUUUAACAAUGGAUAUGUUUGCCAGUACUUUUGACAAUUAUAACCACUAUUAUUUAUAUAACUUUAGUCGUUCUUUUAAUAAAGUUGAGAAAAUGUU